AAAAAACGCUGGUUCCUUUUUUUACUAGAGUUUUUUUCAUUAAGAGUCUCGUAGCUUGACAAUGACCACGUCGUGCAUCGGCUUCAAAUGUCGUGACGGUUUGCAAGCACCCCUGGUUACUCGUGCCGCAGACAGUGGGGAUUGCUAGUUUAUGGUUUGGAAUUACUCACUUUCUCGCACUUGGAAUCGGAGUGCUUGUACGAUAACCACCGAUGCAUUAUCAAUGCAAGUACGCAGCAUUUUCAAUGCUCCGCUGCAUCACAGCUGUCAUCAUAUUGUACCUGAAUGGUGUUUGCUAGCAUGUCGCACGAAGUUGUGUGUGCGUGUGCGUCCUCAGACUCGAUAGAAAUUGAGGGUCGCAUCUGAAAACGGGUUAACACGUGCAGUUUCCGUGCUCCUGAACUCGUGGUCGGGAUACUUGGAUGCAAGCGACAGAUUAAAAAGAAUGACUUUUACCUCUGGAGAUCUUGCCGCACUUCAACCGAAGUGGGAAAUGGACACUGUAACUAUCUUCUGGGAACUGCCCCCUCUUUGCGUAGAACAUUUGAACAAACAAGAACCCUGGGGGUUUCUGGUGGUCCGACGCACUCGAAUGCCAGGCGUUCUAGUAAGGUUUAGAGUCCGAUGUCCGAUUCAUUCUUUCUUUCAUCGGAACGGGAUUUGAAAGAUGUAGGAAAGGUCUGAGGGAUCUCACGUGCUAAAUGCGUUGUUUUCGUUGAGCACUCUCUGUGUUUUCCACAAGCACAUGGAACAAACGCAGCAGCACCGAUUAAACAGCGGCGAACAGUAAACCUGAUGUCAUCCACAUUCGGACGUCCAUCACUCACGAGUGAUACAAGGAUGCCGAUCCAUGUAUUCACCGCUUUCGGUUCGACAUAGCCACGCUUCUCUAGAGAAUCUCUAACUUCCUGCCCUCAGAAAGAUAGUACGCUUUCCACAGUGGGAGCUCCCAGCUGGAUAUCGCUCCUUGUCUCAACCUGAGCUCGUUUGCCAAGCAAGUUGGGCAAUAUGUAACGUGUGACUCCACAGGUUCCUUCCCUUUGGUUUUCUGGUGUGCGCUUACGACACAUUCCGUAUGCGAAAUCCGGGAGUUCUUGUAUGAAGCGCCCCCAUGUAGAAUUCUCCCUGCUUUGUUACAAAAGCCCUGCGUACCCAAUCCAGUAGUCUGCCCUGGGCAUUGAAGUUAACCAACAUAUGAUCCCUGUCUUAUUUAACUCAGUUAAUUAGUAAAACCUCCCCCGGCGAAGUGAACUGUGGAAUUGGACAUCCCUUGCACUUGGUCAAACUCGCGUCACUUGAGGCGGAUGCAGAGGAACUGAAUCCAUCAGCGUAUUCACUGCAUAUAGAAUGACUAUCUUUGCACACUUUUAAAUGGUAGAUAGGAAACAAAGUGCCUCCGCAUACUGUUAACCCAGCUCACGCAUUACAUCUGGCGGUGAACUACGUUUCUAACCGCAUCAAAAUCCGACGGAUGCAUGCACUCAGCGCUCCGGGCAGGUGACCCUGGUAGGAGUUCGAAACGAGAUGUGGUCUACGCUGUCGUGCGAGUCAGAAAUUCCGAAUUUCUCAAUCAGGAAAGACCGUGGAACUGCCUUCCUGUGCAACGUGCCUCGCAGGUACGGCACAAACGGAUAUCCCAAAUUCGUUGGCGUUUCGCCUCUCGCCUUUUCCUAGCGGGUGAGGGACAUUGAAACGGCAGUCUCUCUGUCUCAGAGUUCUACUCGAUGUUUUUUUGAUUCUUUCCCUGUAAAUCUCCAAUGGAACAGCUGUCAAAGAAGCAGGGAGCGUUCCUGCAUUGGACCAACAACCUACCGCGAGUGUCACCGGCCCGCACUGCCUCCUUUUGUGGUGGUAGCUGCAGGGACGGUCAGACACUGUUUGUUUACGUGUAGGUCGCGCACGGCGGAUAUUUUCUUUCGUCUCUGCACCUUCUAUCCAAUUUUCGGGUUCCGGUUUGUUUCUUCCUCCCUUCCCUCCUCGUUUUCCGCUGUGCCACUGAGUCCUUCUGGAGAAGUCGGUCCGGAAUCAGCCUCGCCGAGCCUGUGCCUGCGAGAGUCGCGCCAGGGUAGCGUCUGAUCUUUUCCCCGCAAAAAGUUACAUUUCUCUCCAGCAUUUUUCUGCUCCCGUUCACGAUGACGCUAAAAGCACUCAUUCUGUACAGUGGCAUUGGUGGCAUGCACUGCGGGCUUUACCACGCCCGCCUAUUGCGGCGCCUGCGCAUGCGUGGCAUUUCGCCCUUCCCUCCACUCCCUUGUGGAGAAGACGGACAGGAAGCACAUUCAGAAGGGGAGCUGCCGCGCCGCACUUCAAGACAAAUCGCAGACUCUGCUCAGCCUGCGAGUGACGGAGCAGCGACGACGAGGCAGGAGAAACGCGGGGGACUAGAGAGCGAGAACCUUCGCUUCGAUUUCCAGGAGAGUGCUUGCGACGCGGGUGAAGACCGGCGGCGGGAAGCGAAAGAGAUCUCCCAGGAGGAAGACGAUGACGCAAAACUCGUUGAAGCACUCAAAGGGAUCUCCCGUGACGGCGAUAGUGUCUGCAUCCACCCCAUAGUUAGCGAGUUCAUUCGUCUCCCGCCUUCGCGUACUGAACCGUGGCCAUCUUCCAGCAUGCAGGCUGCGCUUUGGUCUUCUCCAGAUAGGAAGGCUGAGCAAAAGAAACGAACUGGAACACGCCCCACAAGUGCACAGGGAGAGGGACAAGACCCAGAGAACGGUGAGCAAGCGAGACCUGAUGAGAAAGAGCUAACGAAUCAGAAGAAAACGCAAGGUGAGGUUAAGAGAGGCAACGCGGAUACAAAGGGUAAACAAGAGGUCGCGGAGGGCAGCCUGCGUUCGCCGGUAAUCCCUGAAAGUCCGGUACUCGAAGCUGGAGAGAAACUAAAGUCUUGUCCACCGACAGAAGAACCGACAACCGCCACAGCUGCCCCGUCACCUCGAGAAAGAGAAAACAGUCCAGGAGAUUCACCGUCUUUUCUGUCGGAUCCGGAGACUCCAAAUCCGAAUGUGGGGACAGUCCAAGAGCCUACUCGGAGCGCCGCGGAGACAGCGCAUGCAGUGUCUCCUUCAUCAGCGAACGCCAUGACUCCAUCAGGGGGCGUGUCUCCUCAGUUUCCUACGUCUCCUUCGGAGCCGAGUCGGGCGGCCGACCCCACACGUCCGUCCGAAGAGUCUCCUUCGCUGUCCUUUCGCCCUGACAAGGUCCCGGCUUCAUCAGCCUCCAAACAUUCCCCGUCUCCUCGUUUUCGCUUUCUCCCCUUUGAAGUGGUGGGAGUGAUCGAUGUGAAUCCAACGGCGAUGGAUGUUUAUCGCCAGAACUUGUUGCCUUGCUCGACAUCUCCCAGUCCUCGACGCCCCUCGUCUCCUCCCAAGUCUUUCCCUUCGUCGCGACUCCCUUCCGCCAGUGCCCCUUUGACAUCCACCAAGUCGAUUGAUUCUUUUCCUGCGUCGUUCUACGGGGCUUUCCACGCCGACAUCUGGUUGGUGUCUCCGCCUUGUCAACCGUUUACGCGAAUUGGCCUCCAGAAAGGGAACGCCGACCGCAGAAAUGUCUCCUUUCUGUACCUCUUGGACGUCCUCUGUCAACUGCCGCAUGCACAGAGGCCGAAGUACAUCCUUUUGGAGAACGUUGUCCGAUUCGAGGUCAGCGACACGUUCGACUGCCUCGUGCAUGCGCUCGAGUGCGUCUGCGGGUACGAAGUGAACGUCUUCCACCUGAAUCCUCUCCACUUUGGGAUCCCCAACUGCAGGUCUCGCUGCUUCGUCACAGCGAAGAAAUCCGAGUCGCCUCAGAGGAGCGACGCCCGCGCUCUGCGCCCCGCUCUCGCCUGGCGUCGGUGGCAAGGGCGCCUCUCGAGGCCGGCUGAGCCGACCAAAAAGGAGGGGGAAGCGGUAGGUAGGGAAGGCGGCAGAGAGGCGGACGGUGGGGAGGAACAACGCGCACAGAAUGAGGGGGUGUCUGGGGAUGACGGCUCGAUUCUCAGGGCGAAGAGAAGAGGCAUCUGGACGCUCUGGAAGCCCCAGAGGCGGCAGCGACACAGAGAAAAGGAGACAGACAAGAACGGACGAAAGGAGGAGAUCGACGAAAAACAGCGGAAGAAGACACAGGCCGUUUCGACGAGUGGGCCGAGUUGCUUGGACUGUUGGAACUGUGAACGUUGCGUGCGUCGCCAGAAAAGACAGAAGGCGGGGAAGGAGACGCGCGCGGUCCUCAAGCAUAUUCCUGGAGUGUACGCGUCGCCUGCGUUCUACUGCUGCCCUAUUCGGCCUCUGGAAGACUUUCUGGAUGCGCGAUUUCCGCCCAAGGCGCCGUUCGUCCAGACUGAGCAGCCGGUGACUUCGCCCUGCUUGACAGACCUGCGAGCGCCGCCCCUCCCGGGGGCCCAAGAGCCCCGGGUGACCCCCCGCCGCCAGGCGAGUGGGAGGCGCGAGACGAAGGACGAGGACGAGGUGCAGUCGUCCAACUGCGACGAGCACUGGGAAGACAUCUCGCUCGUGCAAGACGCGAGUUCCAGUACGCCCAGGAUGCAAGACAUGCGCGCAGUUGACGCCGUCCAGUCGAGUCUCCACGCAGCGGCGUCGGUCUACUCAGCUCUGGGAUUCGUUCCGGGGACCAAGCCAGACGCAGCAGCUGCUUCACUCGCUCGUACGGCCGCACUGGCCACGCGCAGUACGGCAGUCUUCUCGUCCUCGACGAAGACUUGGCUCUCGAACAGCGAUGGGCUGCGUUUGCGCGGAAACUGCGUGCCAAGCAAGGUGGAAUUGCGGACGGCGAGGGAGACGUAG